AGCAUACAGAAUGAAGUCAAACACAAGGGGCUGUACUACUGAAUACACUAAAACCGAAAAGAAGUAAACACCAGUCUACAAAUGAAGAAACUUCUCAGGAGAUAACAUUUUACUGCAGUAAAACAGAAAAUGAAACAAUCAGCUGUCUGCAACAGACUACUGAUGUUCUGAUGUCUGAUAUCACUUCAACACCUCACCCUGAACAUCUCACAUCUGGAAUGGCAUCUGCAAUUCUAGUUGAAGAACAUAGUGAACAAUUAAACUGCCCCAGUUGUCAUGAUGAAGUUGAUGACCCUGCAAAAUUAGCCUGUGGACACAGUGUAUGCAAAAACUGUAUAGAAAACUACUUUAAACGUGAGGGCCGCCAGUUUUGUUGUCCAGUAUGUAGCUCAGUAUUUCAUUUUACUAAGCAGGUGCGAAAAGCAAUGCUUAAGAAUAGAGCUAAUUUGGGGGUGACAGAUGAUGCCUCUGCUGAUGGAACACCGACUCCCCCUGUUACCUGUGCCUUACAUUGGCUCCCCCAAAAUUUACUUUGCAGGACAGAUAAGAAAGCUCUUUGCCUUGUCUGCACCACAUUAAACGAGCACACCAGUCACGGUAUUCAACCCUUGAGGAAGCCUGUUGAUCAAGAGGAAGAAAAUGAACUUGAUGGCAUUUGCAAACUUUUAAGGAAGAAGAAAGUUACUGCAGAAAAGUUACAAACUGAAUAUGAAAAAAUGAUAAAAUCCUGCAUGGACAAUAUGGAUCAGCUGAAAGAACACACUGCAGAGGAGUUUCAGGAGCUACACAGUUUGCUGUGUGUUGAACAGGAGGAGCUGCAAUGCACAAUAGAAAAGGAAAGUAAAACUAUGCUGAGCUACAUGGAAAAUAAUGUAAUGAAUGUUACUGAGGAAGUGUUUUGGCUGACGGCAAUUGAGGAACAAAUCAAAAUGAGAAAAAAAUUAAAUAAAUUACGUGAGCCUGUAACAGCCAGUAUUGUUAACAUCAUUGCAAAUUGUGAGUCUCAGAUUCAAAGGCAAAAGAGUGAGCUAAUGAGAGAGAUCAAAGAUAAGAAUAUAUGUGGUCCCUCUCAGUACAAGGCAUGGUCGGCCCUGAGAAAUAUCAUUAAACCAGUUCCAGUAUCUCUUUCUCUCGACCACGAUACAGUACACCCACAUCUUAUUUUGUCUAAAGAUCUUAAAAGGGUGGGUCUGGGGCAUCAACUUCAGGAUCUUCCAAAGAAUCCUAAACGAUUUGAAAAAUGUCUUUAUGUGCUCAGCUCUCAAGGAUUUCAGUCUGGCAGACACUACUGGGAGGUAGAUGUUGGGAGCAAAAGUAACUGGGCUGUAGGCAUAGUUAAGGAGUCAGUCAGCCGAAAGAAAGAAGAGAUAAUGUCACCUGAGAAUGGAUACUGGAUUUUACGUCAAACAACUGCAAAUGAGUACUACAUACUAACAUCAGUUCCUAGAAAGUUACAUUUAAAGCCUAGUCCUACAAGGAUUGGCAUCCUGCUGAACUAUGCAGAAGGGUAUCUGUCAUUCUACAGUGCUUCAAACAUGUUCCACCUCUUUACUUUUUGGAGUACUUUUGACCAAAAGGUAUUCCCAUUUUUCUGCCCUGGUGUCUUACUGGAUGAAAAUGAAGACUGGGAACCCCUGAGACUCUGCUUUUAAAAAAUAAACAUUUUUUUCCCCAGAGAUCUGUAACAGAGCUCUCAACUGUCCCUGAUAGGGGCAUAUUUUUGCUCUGCUCCUCUUUUGUGUUUUUUUUUCUGGUAAAUUAAUGAGGAGUACAGUUAGGUAAUAAUGCCAGCCAUUAGAGUAUUAGAGUUUUAUAUUUGUUAUACUUCAGGAAAAGCAUUUUGAUGCAAAACCCAUUGUUCUAUUAGAAUUCUAAAUGAGGUACAGUAAUGAUUAAAAGUUAUUCCUGAUUUGGGACAUUUGUUCCUUAUUGUUUUUUUUUUUUUUUUUUGCUUUUUUCUGUGGUUCUUGAGUAAACAAAAUGAGAGCUAUGAUAUGAGUGGUACUUUUCAGCAUUGGAAUCAGUCAUCAUUCAUUGUUUAUUCUAUUUAUAAGAAAUUAUAGGUUCAGGUACGCAAUUAUUCAUCAUACUGUUCCUGGAAUGGCUUGCUGAAAUACAUGUAUUACAGAAAAUGGUAUUAUGACAGCAUAAAUACUGCAUAAAUGUUAGCUGCUCUUCUUUCUUUCUUAUGAUUGUUUAAUACUUCACUUUAAUGCACCUUCAUAGAAACACAUAUAAUAUUACACACAAAAAUGGCUUUAGAGAUAUACAAAAGACAUGUCAUAAAUCAAACCUUGGUCUUUUUGCCCGUCACUCCCAUCUGUGACAUCAUUCAAUAAUUGUUAGAUCAUGUCCAGCCAAUGUGCUCCCCACCACUAAAAUAUAUUUUAUGCUAGUAUUAGAACAAACACUAAAACGUAUUUUACGGUAAUAUAAUUAUUGCACUCAGUGAGGGCAUGCUGAAUCCACUGUUUCCUUAUUAGCAAUGAGGCCUUGCUCUGUCCACUACCCUAGCCUAUAUACAUGGUCACAGACUGUUAUUAGAGAGAGAGAGAGAGAGAGAGAGAGAGAGAGAGACAAUAAAUAUGUGAUGUGACAUUUACAGCAUGAGCAGUGUGGGGGUAAGAUACUUUUAUCCUGUCCCCUACAAUGCUAGUGAAGUGCCAGACAGGAAGCUCCAGCCUAGGCAUGGCUCUGUAUAAAAGCAAGCAACUCAGAACAUGCUGCCACAUAUAUUUGUGGUCAUGGAGGCAAGGGAGAUAGAUGUGAGGAUCGUACCCCUGGUCUCCACCUGUGGUCAGCAUAGGUUUGAAAAUAGCUCACUCCAACACACACCACCACCACAAACCUAGAGAAGAGCAUAGGCAUUUAACAAGUCUGCUCACUUUCCUGGCCCAAGGCUGACUGCUAAAACUCCAGUUGCCAGUUAUAAAUUCAGCAGCAAAAUCCUUAUGCCAGCAGACUAGCUGUUUUGACUGUUGACCAUAAAUAAUAAGCUCCACACUGGGGAAAUUCAGCCAACAGUGAAAUGACAUGUACUAAAGGUAUGAAAAUGACAGUCAUGUAGUAACUGAUGUUGGGAUGCAGUGUAGUAUGUUGGCAGCUGACUAACCAGAAACCAGUUUAAACUAGUGCUAGAUGCCAAUGUAGUUAGUGCUCAAAAUAAUGUCAACCAGUCAGCAAAAUGGCCUGAAAAGAACCUGCCACGGUUAAACGAGUAGGGUUGUAGAUGACCAGCAAAAGCCCUUAAUAAAAAAGAAAUAUGGUGCGAACCAUACCACACAUCAUUUCUUCAUUAGAAUGUGGGAUAAAAUGCCUGAGAAGCAGACAGAAUAUGUGACACUUGAUAAAGCCUGAGAUUCAGAAAGCACAUUAGAUUCACAUGCACUGCAGUUUACAGUGUUUGUGCACAGAAAAGUACUACAGAUUAUGGAUUUAUGCUAAUGUACAGAAAAGUACCACAGAUUAUGGAUAAUAUACAGAAAAGUACCACAGAUUAUGGAUUUAUGAUAAUAUACAGAAAAGUACCACAGAUUAUGGAUUUAUGCUAAAUGCAACUAGCCAGAUGUAAAAUUACCUUCCCACUUUACAGAGGUUUAUAAGAGUAAAAUGACUUGUCAUGCCUCAUUAUGUGUGGUAUUUGAAGCUUUUAAUGAACUGUAAUACAUAAUUUUGUAUGUGUUGGAAUUUUAGUCAAGAUUAGUCCUCUAAGAAACAGACUGUGUAGUAAUAAGAAGUCGGUCAUUAAAAUAAUACACCACUACAUUAUUUUACAAUAUUUUCUCAAGUGCUAAAAGACUGAACAGGAGUCUGUUUUUACUACCAACUGAUGGUACCUAAAUGCCUUUGUAUUGUUGAUAAAUAGAUCAUUACAAUAAGUGUUGAAGUACAGUAAUAAUACAUUGGAAAUUAAAAAAUGCAGCUACUACUGUUGGGUCAGUAACUUCAUCAAUACGCAUGAACAGGAUAAAGCUGUAAGUAAUAUUAGAUUAUGCUUGUUAAACUGCUAAACAUUUCAUAGAGUGGCACAAUAUUAAUUAUGAGGUUUGAAUCCUUCCACCGUCAUUUGUCUACUGUGUGACCUUGUGCCAAAAAGCUUUCCAUUACAGCUGUCAAACAUGACAACAAUUCACUGUAGCUGUAUAUUUGUUUUUUGUUAACCUAGAAAAGUCCACCCAUGGCUCAUCCAAUUUUAUUGGAGUCCUGAGGAUUAAAAUGCCAGUAUGGUGAAUAAGAAA